AUGAAUGUUAGAUUAAUUCUGACUUUCAGUACAUUUCUUGGUAUUUUAUGGUUGGAUUUAGUGUUUAGCUCGGCUGCAACACGAAAAAAGUUGGGUGCUGGGAAUUUACGAAUAUCUGAUCCAGAAUUAGAACAAUCAUUUGACUUUUUCACUAAAACACUUUCAAAUUCUGAAAAGGAAAAUUUAAUAAAACUUAAUUCAUCGUCAGAAUAUGCAAGAAGCACUGUCCCUAAGGGAGCAGGGUAUGAUUACACUGUUCAGACGGCAAUUUACACUCUUUCUGAAAGUUUAUAUAUUAGCCCAAAUCUAUUCAACAUGAAAAUAAUCUCUGAUCAUUGUUCAAAAAAAAAUAUUUUUGAGGUCGUGGACUGUUUAUAUUCUGUUUCAAAAAAAACUUUGAAGCUUUUGAAACUGGUUAGGCAACGAUGUUUUCAUCAUACUGAAAAUUCUCAUUUAAAUAUAUUCCCAAGACAAGUUGCAUUAAAGCUCAAGUUAUACUGCGAUGAAUUUAAGAGAAUUGAAAUAAGAUAUGCAAGGCUAUCAGAUUUUAUUUAUUUGUUAAAGAUGAUUCUCAAGAAAUCUAAAAUUCAUAAUUCAAAUUUACUUAAGCUUUCGAAACUUGUUUGGAAAAUAAUUAAAAGUCCAUCAUUUAAGAAGAUCAAAUUUGUUAAAGAUCUUUCAUCUCAAGCAGUCUCACCAAAGCCAAAAAUUCAACCUAGUAAGAAAGAAGCUGCAACAAUCUCAAAGAUUUCAACUCUUCUGAGGCACAUUGAUAACACUCUGUUAGAGAAAGUGAAGAUCCUUCCUUUUUGGAUCACAAAGUCAUCUGAGGAAUAUUCAGUUAUUUUAAUUGAAACCGAAGCUAUUGUUGAUAAAAUUUGGUCACCAAUGAAGAAAAAUAUUGUAUCAAACUUGAAGAGUCUUAAUCAAUGUACUUCUGUAAAAAAGAAAUCUUACUGUCCAUCCAAUUCACCAAAAUACAAACUUUCUAAGGAUGAGAAGUUUAUUCAAAAUAUUAAAAAAGUCUCCGAACAAAUACGCUCAGAUAUUGAAUAA